CGAAUUAUUUGCUUUGCACAGAUUUGAGAUAAAGAUGAAUUCGUCUUACAAUAUUGCAUAUAUUGUAGCAUGUGUGAUCAUUUUUGCUGUUUAUGCAGCGCCUUUUGAAAAAGGAAAUGUCGAGCAGAAGUCUUCCGAUGAUUUCGUACGCGAAAAAAGAAGUUCAGAGUUAUUUCCUAUGGACCAUGAAGACAAAAUAGCAGAAGAGGACAGUAAAAUAGAUGAAGCACCAGAGGAUCAUGUACAACGCAGAAACUUGGACGAUGAUGAUGAAGAUUUGGAUUCAGCAAAAGGAAACUCUAGUGAAAUCCUAAAAAGAGAAGUGCAGGAGGAUGUAGAAAAAAUAAAUGAUGAUGAUGGUGAUGAUGAUAUAGAGAAGAGGGAUAUUGAUGAUGAUGAUGAUGAUUUAGAAAAAAGAGACGAUGAUGAAGAUGAUGAUGAUCUAGAGAAAAGAGGUGAUGAUGAAGAUGAUGAUGAUCUAGAGAAAAGGGAUGCUGAGGAAGAUGAUGAUGAUCUAGAGAAAAGGGAUGCUGAUGAUAAUGAAGAAGAUUUAGAGAAAAGGGAUGCUGAUGAUGAUGAAGAUGAUUUAGAGAAAAGGGAUGCUGCUGAUGAUGAUGAUGAUUUAGAUGAAAGGGAUGCUGUUGAUGAUGAUGAUUUAGAUGAAAAGGGUGCUGAUGAUGAUGAAGAUGAUUCAGAGAAAAGGGAUGCUGAUGAUGAUGAAGAUGAUUUAGAGAACAGGGAUAUUGAUGAUGAUGAUGAUGAUGAUGAUGAUGAUUUAGAGAAAAGAGGUGAUGAAGAUGAUGAUGAAGAUUUAGAGAAAAGAGGUGAUGAAGAUGAUGAUGAAGAUUUAGAGAAAAGGGAUGAUGAAGAUGAUGAUGAUUUAGAGAAAAGAAAAGAUGAUGAUGAUGGAUCUGAUGACAACAAUGAAGAUAAAAGAGAAACUGCUGGAGUAGAGGUUGAUGAUGAUGAUGAGGAUGUAGAUAUUGAUGUAAGUGGUCAAUCAAAAAGAAGUGAUGCCGGGAUGAGUUCUGAUGAUUAUGUUGAGCAAAAUGAUAUUAAAAAAAGAGAUGUUUCUGAUGUCCGAAUGGAAAAACGUGAAAUUGAGGAUGAAAUAGGAGAUGAAGACAUAAGUGAUGAAGACAUUCAGGAUGAAACAUUACGGGAUGUAAAUGAAAAUGAUGAUGAGGAUAUUGAUUUUGAAGGAAUGGAAAAUAAUAACAUCGAGAUAAGAAAUGCAGAGGAGGAUGACAAUGAUGAGAACAGAAGGGAUGCAGAAGACAAUGAGGUAACAGAAGAAGAUGCAAGAGAUGAGGAGGAGAAAAUUACAAGGGGGGCAUCAAAUGAAGCAACAAAUAUGGAAUCAGGUGAAGAUAAAGAGACAAGGGAGGCAGAUAUUAAAGAUGGCACAAAAUCCGGGAGCUUUGACAAACUGAUGGAGGAACUGCAAGACUUGACUUCAAACACAAACAGUGAAAGCAAACGAGAAGAUUCAGCAAGUAUAGACAAUAAUGCAGAAAAGAGGGGUGCUAAUAACCAGGGGGAUCCUAAUAAUACAUUAUCAGCAGAACAGAUCCAACAGGAAAUAAACAAAUUAUUGAAACAGACCAAAUAACUAAAAUGUACUCGACAUGAAUUUAAAUGCAUGCUUAUCAUACAUUACUGAAGUAAAAUUAGAUUAAAGAAAUAAUUUUCUUGACAGUAUAAACUAAAUAUAAUUGUGAUUCUAUUCUUAAAUUCCUUUGUACAACUAUAUUUUGUAUUAAUUUGAUGUUGAAUUUUUGAUUUGUUUGAUUGAAAGGAAGAAAAACAUUAAGCUUCUUUGGUAAGUCAUGACAACACAGAGAAAAGGGUUUGGUUAUAGAAGAUUAUCAAAAUAAAUGAUUUUUUUAUAAA